AUGCCAAUUAAUGGAGAUGUUUGGUUAAAACUAAGUGUUCAAGGAAGAAUUCAUGUUAAAUUAGAAACAUUUAAAGGAAUUCAACAAUAUUAUCCUUCAUUUCAAAAUGGUCAAAAUGGGAUUGCAUUAAAAGUUAUGGAUGAAUCUACACCAACACUAUAUUCAACUCAACAAUUUAAUCCUAAUUCAUUUGGAUUACAUAUUGAUAAAAAUGAAGCAUCUAAAUUCAAACCAAAACAAUUCAUUAAUCUUCAAUCAGAUUCACAACUUUCUUCAAGUAAAAGUUUCAAUUUAAAUCAUCCUUUUGAACAAGGAAGUAGUGAUUGUAGUUACUAUGCUUUAUCGUGUGGUAAAUAUGUCCAAUACUAUGGACCUUUACCUUCAGCACCUCCUUAA